AUGGCCGCCCCACAAGGCCAUAACUGUAAUCAACCCUCGCCAAUACUUUUUGAAUCACAUCAACAACGACCGACAACAAACACAGCAAGUGACAAUAGCGAACAAAACUUAAUAAGUGCAUUCAAUUACUUUUAUAAUAAAACGGCGGAUCACUCGGAUACAUUACUACAAUUCGCAGAUACGAAUAAAAAACAUAUCGAAAAUAUGUACGCUAAAACACACGAAAUUUAUCCGCGAUAUUGUGUGACGUAUCAAAUUUUUAAAAAUGCAAUGACAAUACUGGAUGACACAAUGUACCUAAUACGGUUUGAUGAUGGUGAUUUGGAAGAACGUUCCAUCGACCAAACAUUUAUUGACGCUGUCAAUGAUGCAACUAAAAAUCGAUUUAUUCCAGCACAUGGAGACAAAAAUGUAACAACUUUGCCAAAUUUAUAUGUUGAAUUGGAUACAUGUAAAAAUAUGUGGGGGUAUUAUUCCUAUCUAUUUUCGGGUGCCACCACAAUAUUUGAUAUCUCACCAAUCAUGAAUGAAAAACAGAAAAAUGAUAUUUUAUCGGCCACCAAAAGACAUGGACGAAUGAUAUUGAUGUAUCCGUUGAAUGUUUUUUGCAAAACAAAUUUUACUGGUAAAGAUGAAAAUAAGCGAAUGGAAAGAGACAAUUUUCUACGAAAAUGGAAUGAUCCGUUAUACAAAUUUUUUGUCUCAUUUUGGACCCAUCAUAAAAGAAUUAGAGCAAAAAAGUGUAAUCCUGAAUUAGGUUCAAGCGUCUUCCUUACAGAUGGACAUCAAAAAGCAGAAUGUCGAGUAUGCUUGUUUGAUGGCGUUUGUGAUCUCGGUAUUCCAGCACUUGGACCGAUUAUGACUGGGUGCUUCGAGACGCCGAUACGGAGUGAUGACACCAAAAAGAUUGUACUGCAACCAACAUUAACCACCAAUACCGUCAUUCGAGUUUCCGACCCAGGGUCAAUUGGUGAAACCUAUAGAUAA